GGCGACAGCGGCAAGGAACCCAAAAACUCCAUCGGUGACAGAAAUGGAGAAAAAAACCUUGGGAGAAACCAGGCUCAGACAGGGGGCCCGUUCUCCCCUGGCCAGAUGAAACCAGCAUGGCGUGGUUUAAUUCCAGGCUGUAACACAGGGUUCUUGGGUCAGAAUGGCUUUCCUGGGCCCUGUGAACACAAGUACUGUGGUUUGGGAAAGCACUGUGUGGUUGACCGAGAAACAGGUGAAGGAGAAUGUCAGUGUCUGGAACGUUGCAAACCACAUUAUAAACCUGUGUGCGGAUCAGAUGGCAAACUCUACCAGAACCACUGUGAGCUUCACAGAGCCUCCUGUAUGGCCCAUCAGAGAAUAACCAUCAUGCACAGCGAGGAAUGCUUCUACAAAGAUGAUAACUGUCAUCUGGGAGAUUAUAAAAAAUUGAAGACCAAGAUGUUGGACUUGCAUGCUCAGAGGUACUUGACCCCGGGUAACCAUGGCAGCCACGAGAACGAUAUGGCAACUAGGAAACAUCUGGUGGACAUGAUGUUCAAGCGCUUUGACGCAGAUGGUAAUGGAAGAGUUGACAGCAGUGAGCUCUCACAGGUCGUCAAGCAGGAAGGUCUGAGCAGGACCACAUCAGAAUGCACUCUGUUCGAUCUGUUCAAAUAUAAUGAUGUAAACGAUGACGAACACCUUACCAGAGAGGAGUUCUACACAGCUUUUGAGGUCUAUCAGCUCAGCCUUCCUGAAGACCAGAAGCUGAGCAUCACCACGGUAACGGUGGGUCAGAGUGCUGUGCUCACAUGUGCCAUCACAGGAGACCAGCGGCCACCAAUCAUCUGGAGACGCAACAACCAUGCUCUCAACAUGCUGGAGCUGGAGGACAUUAACGAUUUCGGAGAUGAUGGAUCACUGUACAUUACCAAGGUGACCACUACGCACAUGGGCAACUACACCUGCCAUGCGGACGGCUACGAGCAGCUUUUCCAAACACACACCCUGCAGGUUAAUGUGCCACCUGUUAUCCGGGUGUACCCUGAGAGCCAGGCACGUGAGCCAGGGGUCACAGCCAGUCUGCGGUGUUACGCUGAGGGCAUCCCUGACCCACAACUCUCAUGGCUGAAGAAUGGCAUGGACAUCACCACAAAACUCUCCAAACAACUUACACUUCAGGCUAACGGGAGCGAGGUGCACAUCAGUAACGUCCACUUUGAGGACACCGGCGCCUAUACCUGCAUUGCCCGUAAUGAGGCCGGAGUGGACGAGGACAUCUCCUCUCUAUUCGUGGAGGACUCCGCUCGGAAAACGUUGGCAAACAUCCUGUGGAGAGAAGAAGGUCUGGGGAUUGGAAACAUGUUCUAUGUGUUUUAUGAGGACGGUAUUAAAGUUAUCCAGCCAGUGGCCUGUGAGAUUCAGAGACACAUCAAACCCAGCGAGAAGCUUCUUGGCCUGCAGGAGGAGGUCUGUCCACAAGUUGAGGGAGAGAAGGAUCAGAAAUGUAUGUGGACAUCAGCUGUCAAUGUGAAGGACAAGUUCAUUUACGUCACACAGCCUUUGCUGAACAGGUUGCUCAUUGUAGACAUUCAAUCCCAGAAAGCUGUUCAGACUGUGAGCACCGACCGGGUUCCAGUGAAGCUGCACUAUGACAAGUCUCAUGACCAGGUGUGGAUCCUGAGCUGGGGAGAUCUCGAGAAAAACUUUCCAACCCUCCAGGUGAUCAGCCAAGCCAGUGGAAGCACGUCCCACCACACCAUCCACACCCAGCCAGUUGGCCAUCGCUUCGACAGGGUGGAGGAUUUCUUUAUUCCUCCAAUAAGCCUCACCAUCAAUCACAUCAGGUUUGGCAUCAUUCUCCACAAGAAUGAACCAGCUCUUCAUAAGAUUGAUUUGGAAACCACCUCCUAUGUGAAAAACAUUAGUCUGCAGGAGUACGAUUGCAUCCCACAAUCCCUCGCCUACACGCACCUGGGCGGAUACUACUUCGUCAACUGUCAGCCAGACUCAACAGGUGCGGUACGGUCACAAUUAAUCAUCGAUAGCGUAACAGACAAUGUCAUCGGUCCAAACAGGGAUGUGAGCGGCACACCUUAUGUCUCUCCUGAUGGCCACUAUUUAGUGAGCGUGGAUGACCGUGACGGGCUAAUGCGCUUGCAGCAUGUGUCCGUGCGGGGUGAGAUCGGCCAACCCUUUGACAUUCACACCAACCUGCACCUGUCCGAUCUGGCCUUCAUGCCCUCUUUCACUGAGGCUAACCAGUAUAACGUGUUCGGCAGCACAGGCCGCCAGACGGAUGCUCUUUUUGUAGAGCUCAGCACCGGUAAUGUCAAAAUGAUCAAGAGCCUAAAGCAGCCCACGCCGGCUGCUCGGUGGCCUUGGAAUCGGCAGAACAGGGUCAUGACUGGCAGCGGGCUGUUCGGACAGUAUCUCAUGACCCCUUCUCAAAGCUCCCUGUUUAUUCUGGAUGGGCGGCUGGAUAAACUCAACUGUGAGAUCACCGACGUUCCCUUGGGAAAUACUGUGGUGUGGGUGGGAGAGCCGUAAGUCAUUUUAUAGGGGCUUGAGAGGGAAACAAACAAAAACAGGUUGCACUGAAUUUGGUCUCCGUUUAAUUUAUUGAGAAUAAAAUAAGUCUCAAAGUUUGGAAC